AUGAAAAACCCGGCACCCAUGCUUCCGUUCCUUGAAUCUGAUGAAGUUAACAAUUCGUUUGUUUUUGAUUAUGUUGCAGAUAUGCCAUCUAAGAAUCAAAUUGGAGAAUAUCGUGCAGUAUAUGAAAAAAUAUAUGCUUGUGAAUCAACAGUAAACCAUUCAAUAAGAUUUAAUUUUCAAUUUAGUAAAAAGUCAUCAAGUAUAACUGAGUUAAAAGGAAAUGCUACAUAUUUAAUACCUUUCGAUGAUACUCUCACACUUGAUACAAACCUUGCGUCUUGGAGUUUAACUGGAGGCUGGAAACCAAAUUCAGCUGUUUAUAUAACAAAGAGUGCAUGUACUAAUACGAAAAAAAUACUAGGAAAUACUUGGAAUUCAAUGGUCAAAGCUUUUGACAUUGCCUCUACAGGCUGUCCUAUACCAGUGGGAACAUAUAUUGCACCAGGGAUUAACCUGAAGGAAUUAGAAGAUCAUAACUUUCCCAAAGUUUAUUUUUAUGGAAAAUAUAAACUGCAGUUUAAAAUGAAGAAUCAAGAAAAAAAAGUAAUUGGCUGCACGGUAGUUGAGUUGAGUCUUAUACGUCCGUGGGAAAAACCAAUUUGAUAAAAUUAUAGCAUCAUAAUAAUAAAUAGUAUAAUAUUAUAAUAUGUUAUUAUAAUAAUUAUAAUGUCUUUCAGUAUGUAUAAGUCAUAAUCUAUCAUAUGCAUAUAGGCGUGUUUACGGGAGAGGCUGGGUGGGCACUGGCACUGUGCCUCCAACAAAAUCAUGCCAGGAUAAAAAAAAGUCGUGCGGUGUGUACCGUGCAGUAGUUACUUAUAGAUUUUGAUUAAUUG